AAGAAGGAAACAUGACUUCGAUCGUCUCUCUUUCUCUUUCUUUUUGAUAUUUGGUUUUGUUUUGAGAGAAGAAGGAAACUAUAUAAAAUGAAGAGUUCUUGGCAAAUUUUGGAAACAUGGUUGUUUACCAUUACACAUACUGACAUACAUUAUGUGUAAUAUGCGUCACUUAUCCAUCCAACAUGUGUUACCCCACUCGGGUCCGAUAAGCAUGGGGUAGUCGACAGUGGUUCAGAAAUUUUGCCGACUUUUCACAAAUUUAUUAAUGGGAAAUUUAUUAGUAUUUCAUUUCAUAAAUGACAGGAAUAUAUUUUUAAGUUAUUUAGCUUUAACACCGCACUACCAAAGAACACCGUAGCGUGAACCUCUCUAGAUAUCUCUCUGCUUUCUCUCUAGAAUACUUCUGCUGUGUGAACAGUAGCUCCGGCCGAUGGAGUAGACUUCCACACUCGUGUGUUAUCACUCACUCGUAUAUAUAAUAUAGUUGCCUCUACAAGUAAUAUAAGGUGCUACGCCGAUUCAUAUCUAGCCAACAUCUAUUGAAAUCUUGGUGUGCAAGCUGCAAACUAAUGCAAAGAUUCAUGCCUCCUCUGUCUUUUAGCCUCUCCCAGAGACUGUCGCCCUUGUUGAAGAUAUUGUUGUUGAAUACGUCACCGAUUUGACACAUAAGGCUCAAGAGAUUGGCUCAAAGUGAGGAAGGCUACUGGUUGAUGACUUCUUAUAUCUAAUCCGCAAGGAUUUGCCAAAAACUUAACCGGUGUAGGGAACUAUUAGCAAUGCAAGAAGAGCUGAAACAAGCUCGUAAAGCUUUUGAUGUGGAAAGUAUUCUAAUUUGACCUAGUUGAAAAAAAUUCAUUCUCAUUACCCUACCAAAAUUCUAUAUACCCCAGUUUUUUUUCUUAUAAUUUCCUUCUCUUUAUUACUCUCAAAUAUUUUAUUAUUAUCCUUUUUCAGUGGUCCCCACGUCCCUCCAUGUCCCACGCGGUUUCUAUAUUUUUUUAAAAAUCAAUCGCAGCUUCUCUUCCCCUCAUAAAGCCAACCUUAAACCCAACCACCUAACAGCCGACCCCACAUCAACCCACCUCUCUCAUUCCAACAGCUGUACCUCCUGUCUCCUUUCUCCCAUCAAGUUUCUCUUUUCCCCAACCACCAUCGAACUUCUUCUUCUCUUCCACUUGAGAUUGGCGAUUUUGAAUCUUUUUUUGAGGGAAUUAUAUGGCGUCUCCUAUUCCAAUCAUAUGUUUUGACUAUGGAGGAAGUUACAUCAAGGAUGGGGCUGAUAUAAAGUGGAUCUCGGGAGAAGAUCAAAUUCACACUCUAGUGAUGAAAAAAUCUGUGGAAGAGGUUACAUAUUCUGAAUUGGUCGAGUGUAUAUGCAGAAAGAUUAAGGCAAAUGGAGAUGGGAUGGUGAAGAUUAGUUACUUUCCAUUGGUAUUGUAUUCCAACAAGCCAUCAUAUAUUUGGAGUGAUGAAGACGUUUUGGGUUAUCUCAUGCAAGUAAAUCAUGAUAAAUGUAGAAGUGUUUUACAUGUGGAGAUUAGCAGUGACAUGGAUGAUACAUAUGGUGGUCUGCCGCUUUCAGGAGAUGGUGAAACUGAUGAAAGCUAUGUUGGUCUUUCUGAUGGAGAGGAUACUGAUACCGAGGAAGAUGAAACUGAUGAAGAUGAGUCUGAGGAAGAUGAGACUGAGCAAGAUGGAGAUGAGCAAGAUGGAACAAAUCAUGAUCAUGAGAUGGAUGGCAUGGUCACGCUUUACACAGCUGAACAACAUGAAAACUUUGAGUUGCAUGAGAAUUUAGAGCACGGGUAUGAAGGAACAGAAGUCGGAAUGGAAGUUGAAGCUGCAAGAGAGGGAGUUGAAGCCACAACAGUUGUAGAAGAAGAAUGGGAUGAUGGUCUUGAUUUGGUUAAGGGUCAAGAAUUCAGAACUAAGACAGCCAUGCAAGUUCUAGUUCAGAGGGGUGCGCAUAAGAAUGGUUUUGAGUAUGACACACUUAAGUCCGAUACUGGGAGAUUUGUGGCAAGAUGUCGAGGAGCCAAAGAAGGUUGCAAGUGGUAUUUGCGUGUAGUAAAGCUUAAGAAUUCAGAUCUUUGGACGGUUAGAACUUACGUCAAGUCUCAUACAUGCUCAGUGGUAACUACAAGUACCCUUAGAAAUGGAAGGAGAGGCACACCACAGGUCGUUGCAUCUGUUUUGGGUGAAGAAUAUCCCGGUAGAUAUGACACACCAAGAUCAAGUGAUCUGAUCAGUAUGGUUACCCGCAAGGUUGGUGUUAAGGUAUCAUAUGCCACAGCAUGGAGAGGAAAAAGGCUGGCUGCUAAUGAAGUGCGAGGUACUCCGGAAGAGAGUUUUUCUAUGAUACACUCCUAUAUGCACAUGCUUAAGUUGAAGAAUCCUGAUUCGGUAAGUUAUGUUGAAGUAGAUGCGGCAAAAAGAUUUAAGUAUCUAUUUUUCGCAUUUGGAGCUUCCAUAGAAGGGUUCGUAGCGAUGAGGAAAGUUAUCAUUGUGGAUGGAACACAUCUUAAGCAUGUUUAUGGUGGAGUUCUGCUUGUUGCGACGGCUCAAGAUCCUGAUCGCCACCAUUACCCUAUUGCAUUUGGUGUAGUUGAUGGUGAGAAAGAUGAAAGCUGGACGUGGUUUAUGAAUAAAUUGAGGUCAGUGAUAUCAGAUGUAGACGGAUUGGUGUUUCUUUCGGAUAGAAAUGCGAGCUUGAUCAAGUCAAUACGUGAGGUGUUCCCAACGGCCGCACAUGGGUAUUGUGUCUGGCAUUUGUCUCAAAAUGUGAAAGGACAUGUAUUCAACAACAGAGACGUUUGUGCAAUCAAGUUUAGAGAAUGCGCAUAUGCUUAUACAGUGGCUGAGUUCGAUGUUCUCUAUGAUGCUUUUUCCAGAAAGUAUCCUUCUGCUGCCGAGUAUCUAGAAAAGAGUGUUGAAGUGGGAAAAUGGGCAAGAUGUUAUUUUGAAGGAGACAGAUACAAUGUUGACACAACCAAUGCAGCAGAAUCUAUCAAUGGUGUUCUUCGGGAAGCGAGGAAAUACUUCAUGCUACCGAUGAUUGAUGUUAUCAUUAAGAAAAUGGCUGAAUGGUUUAACCCACUUCAAAAUUUCUUCAUUUCUUUAAGCCAAACAACCAUACAUCAUAUAUUUCAAAGAAACCGACAUCAAAUCGAUUUGAAUCUAUGAAAAAGGUAUGAAAAAAUGUUACCUUUACACGCCGAGAAUGGUGAUGGAAGAGGUUACAAGAGGAUGAAAAGAAGCUUGACGCCAGAAGAAAAAGGUGAUUCUGAUGAUGGACAAGAGAAAACGUGGUGGUUUUCGGUGGAUUGCGUUGGGUUUCAGUGGAUUCCGGUCAAUUUCGUCGAGAUCAUCGGGGGCGGGUUCUAGGGUUUCCAGAGAUUGAUUUUUUUUUCGAUUUGGGGAAGAAACUGUCGAUUUGGUCCGUUUGGGAAGGGUUUGAUCUGUUUGGGAGAGAGACACUGGGAGAAAGAGAGGGUUUAGGAGAGAGACAACGCGGGUCAUGCCCAUGGAUCCGGGUCGUAUGAGUCGGGUCAAAUAGAGAGAGGUUGGAUCCUGUAAAUAUCAAAUUUCAUUAAGGGCAGUUUUGUUUUUUCUCACGUUUUUAAUAAAAUAAGAUUAAAAAUAUAAUCUAUUUUAUUGAUGGGGCAAAAUAGAAUAAACAGUAUAGUGACUAGGGC